UGGCAAUGACGUCCCGCGCCGGAAGCCGUCAGGACUGAAACUCCAACCUCCGUAACGUCGGCAAACCGGGGACGCGAACAAACCGACGGAUUUACCAAAUAACAAUAUGAGGCGCGGGGGCAUUCAAGAGCAGUCCUCUUUUUCAAGCUCCUAGAGUUUGUUUCCCUUGGCCUGGUUAAGCUAAGCAAGGCAGAGGGGUUCUUCUCGGACUCAUUUGUUGUAGUUACCUGCCUACACACCUUGUAGUUCACAGUAUCUUCAGCAUCAUGACGUGUAGAGACCGCACACUCGAGUUUCAGUCUGCUUGCAAGUCCCUGCAGGGGAGACAGUUACAGAAUGGUGCACAGGCAAAACCCACGCUUAAUGCUCUGAAACAGCGAAGUGACUUUACAGUCAUGGCAAAGAGAAUUGGGAAAGACUUGAGUAACACUUUCGCCAAACUGGAAAAGCUAACGAUUUUGGCCAAAAGGAAGUCUCUGUUUGACGAUAAAUCUGUUGAGAUUGAAGAAUUAACUUACAUUAUAAAGCAGGACAUCAACAGUUUGAAUAAACAGAUAGCACAGCUACAAGAUCUGGUACGCUCCCGCAGCGGACAGAAUGGACGCCACAUUCAGACACAUUCCAACACGAUUGUUGUCUCUCUCCAGUCAAAGCUGGCAUCAAUGUCUAAUGAUUUCAAGUCAGUGUUGGAAGUGAGAACAGAGAAUCUAAAGCAACAGCGUAGCAGGAGAGAACAGUUUUCUCAGGCACCAGUGUCUGCCUCUCCUCUUCUUGCCAACAACUUCAAUAGCUCAGUACUGAUGCAGGAUGAAUCUAGAAGCCUGGGUAGUGAUGUCGCCAUUGACAUGGACUCAAGAGCAAAUCCCCUCCAACUGCAGCUUAUUGAUGAACAGGACUCGUACAUCCAGAGUCGAGCAGAUACCAUGCAAAACAUUGAGAGCACCAUUGUGGAGCUGGGCUCCAUCUUCCAGCAGCUGGCACACAUGGUCAAAGAGCAGGAGGAGACCAUACAGAGGAUUGAUUCCAAUGUGGAGGACACUCAGCUGAACGUGGAAAUGGCCCACUCUGAGAUUCUCAAAUACUUUCAGUCGGUCUCCUCCAACCGCUGGCUCAUGAUCAAGAUAUUCCUCGUGCUUGUUGUUUUCUUCAUCAUCUUUGUGGUCUUCCUUGCCUGAGAUGGAAAGACCAUAAGAAGGAGGAUGGGAUGAAGAAGGGAAACGAGUGGAUUGGGUGCAGCUGCAAUGGACUACAGUGGGCAAUGUGCAACAAAACAAACUAGACUGGACAACAAUAGGUCUACUAUAUGGGCACCACAAGGGUGGAUGGACUGUAAUGCUUAUGGGUUGUACUUGCCUAACCCUUCUACUGCGAAUGACAGAUGUUAAAUAACUUGUAGAAACUCUCUGUGCAGUUAGUCUCCCUUUCUGGAUAGAUCAGUGUGAUGAAGGCAGAAGUAACACAUUAUGUUCUAUUCAAAGGGGGAGAACUACAGUCAGAUUUCACUCAUGUCCUUUCUCUUUGUUACCUUUAGACAUCUACAUUAUUCAAACUGAGCCCUCCCUUUUUGUACUUAUUGUAAAGAGAAGGCUUAUUUUGUUGAACGGUUUGAUUCUGCAAACUGGUUUAGUAAUUUCUUCUGACAGUGUUAUCAGUAAUCGGUGAUAACAUGAAUGAUGUAAAAUGCUCCAUUUUACGAUAAAUUAAUGUGACCACCUGUACAGUUCUCCCUAUGAUAAGCUUUCCAUCUUAAAUUAAUUCUUGUGAAUCAUUCUGACUCCUGUUUGUAUGAAGGAGGAUCAGUUAUUUGAUAAUGGUAAAAAAUAAUAGCCUAUAAUGGCUUUUUACUGUAAAUUGUUGAGUUCCUUAUUUUCUUAGUUUUAUUUUUGCCAAAUGGAGAUAGCUAAACGCCAGUGGGAGUACUCCAGUCUCAUGAUUUUACACCUGGAGUUGUGUAAAUGAAGACUGUUUUUUGAUGCAGUGUUUAGUUGACCAUUCUAGCUAAAGUCGCUUAAAAUGUCCCUUAAGUGAGUCAAAAUGUCCUUUAUUUUUAAACCAUUAAAGCCUUUGCUCAGGCUGUCUCUCAAACUAGCCACUAUGUAUGCAGAGUUGGCUAAGUAGUCUUAGGUGAUGAAUAAACUCUGCAGUGCAGUGACUGCUAAAGGACAAAGAAGCUAAUGGUCAAAAAUGUUACCAUCAGCAAAUUCCAAGUCUCUCUGACUGUUCCUCAUUCAGCAGGCAAUUUGUUUCUUCUUUAACAGACUAUUCAAACAUAAUGCACCAAUGUAUAGUGUAUUAUUUAAUAAGCACUUUUUAUCAAACUUACUUUUCCUCUCUUUUAUAGCUGAAUGCCUUGCCUUGUGUAAGAACUGAACAUAGUAACUGAUGUCUGGAAAGAAAGUGCAUAUUAAAAACAAAUCUACAACAGCGAAA